AUUUCCGUUCGUAUCCCACAUACGCACAAUGGACACCUUUCCUUGGAUAACUCUUCGCAAGAAAACUUUGACCUUACAUGAACCGGUUGUCGGAUCUUGUGACGCAAUUUCGCAAGACAGUAAGCCAUCAUAUGUUGUUCUUGUAGGGAAAAGGUCAAAGACCGUACUGCUUAACAAACUCCUUGGAUGCACUAGCUCCUUGCCUGUGCACAGGGAUGUCUACCUUCGAUACUCACCAAAAUUAUGCGCCGAUCGCACCCCGCUUGUCAUCAUUGAUUCUGGUGUGCAAAGCCUGCGGCCGCCGGUAUUUGACGACUCACAAACAGAUGGUAAGAAGACGUCAUGGACGCUACUCACUGAAUGGAACAACUACAAUGCGAUGCUAUGUGCGAAGGUCUUCUCGACUUUCUCCAGCGUCAUUUGCUGCUUCGUGAAUGAUUUGGGCGGUCUAACGGCUGUUGCGGAAUGGUUGGCCGAACAGAUCAAUGCUCCGAGAGUGUCCGAUUCACCGACACUACCCCGCGUUCUGUUGGUUUUGCAAACGUCCUCAGAUACUUUCGACGAGAGCAUCGCUACACACAAUGUGAAUAGGCUGGUCAGGAAAGCUCUGAAGCGUAGCGGUCCAGUCUUGGCUCAGCGCGAGAUUAGUCGCCACUUUGCCGGGCUUGAAGUGGUUGCUUUGCAAUCUGCCAAAUCCAACGCUGCGCAAGCGAAAGCAUUGAAAACCCGUCUUUUUGCAAUGUCAAAAGCAUCAAUGCAAGAGCGAGAGUCAGCUCAUACGCAAUUCAGUUUUCGUCAUUUCUUGGACUUGUCGAAGCAAGUUUUGCAUCUUGUGUGCAGCGAUCCUGGAAAGCAGACUCUUUACCUUGCACGCGCAUCACGACCUUGCGGCUUCUCAACGGAUCUGUUGGAGCACUGCCUCACUGAUUUUCUGGAGCAGAUACCGUCGCAAGCAUGGCUCUGGCAUUUUGUAGCUCCUUUGAUCGCGUCCGCGCUCAUGCUAGCCAGCUAUCCUCCUGGCGCUCAUGCUGCUAUAUCCUCAUACACUGCGAAUAAGCAGAUUCAAGAUCAAUUCUUGACGGCCGUCCUUAAUGAAUUCAGAGCUGUUUUCGCGCAACGCAUCGACUUGGCCUUGCCUGCGGCGGAAAUGCAUCGCCAGACUCUGAGGAAGCACCAUCCGCAUCUGGCUGAUCUAAAGAGUCAUCGAUCGUGUUUCUGUUGUUUUAUGCGGAUGCCUGAGAAAGUUCUUGCGUGUGGCCACGCUCUAUCCGAUUCAUGUGUUAGAAUCUUUGGAACCCGCUCCAGGACUGAGAAAAAUUCGUAUGAGCUGUCUGAAUGUGUGUUGUGUGGUGUAAACUAUCAGAAUGCAGUGUUCCGCUUCGUUCCACCCACUGCUGGUAUCCGAAGACUUAGUGUUGACGGUGGCGGCGUCAAAGGCAUUAUACCAUUAAUGUUCCUUCAACACAUCAAUACCUCACUCGCGCCAUUCGGACUUCCAGUACAAGAUUACUUCGACAUAGUUUGCGGGACUUCGGCUGGUGGCCUUGUCGUUAUUGGCCUGUUUCUUCUACGAUGGAGUGCUUCUGAAUCUAUGAAACGUUUCGAGGAGGUUGCAGAAAAAACUUUCGGCAAAAGGGCAACCUUUAUCUCUAAGGUUCUGCGACUCCUCGUGGCCUACGUGCAAGAUGGCCAAUACAGUCUUGCGGCAAUUCAAGGGGCUUUCCAAAAGGCACUCAACUCUCCGCUGCAGAUGUUCAACCCCUUGCGGAACGACACCAAAGUGGCCGUCACUACCACCGCUGUCAAAGAUUCCUCGCCAUGGCUUUUCACAAACUACAAUGCUGGUAAACGACCCAAGGGCUCAGGCUAUGACAUUGCCCGUGCUGAGAAAGCUCGUGACGAUAUUAGCAUUGGAGAAGCGGCAUGCUGUACAUCAGCAGCUCCGUGGUUUUUCAAGCCCCAGGCGGUGGGUAAACUAGGGACAUACCAGGACGGAGGUUUGCACCACAACUGCCCGUCAGAUAUGGCGCAAUGGGAAACAAGAUUUGUGUGGCCCUCUAAACCCGAUGACCCAGAUUUUGCGCUCUCUCUUGGCACCGGAACUUCGUCAGAAGAGGGCAUUAGCUCCACUUCUCGAUUUCUACUUCGUUUGUUAAACUGUUGGAAGCAUGGGUUGAAUGGUCAGAAGGGUUACGACCGAUUCAUUAAUUCCGUUCCCCCAAAGUCUCGACCACGCUAUCAUCGCCUCAACAUCCAAUUUUCUGGGCCUGAGCCUAGCUUAGACGAUGCACUCAAGAUCCCAGAGAUGAAAGAGCGUGUCACUAGAAUGAUAGAACUGGAAGAAGGUAGAAUGACUGCUAUUUUUGACGCGAUCAUCGCCUCCCUGUUUUACUUUGAGCUAGAUGGACCUCCGAAUCUGGAAGCCGGCGAAUUUCAGUGCUCCGGUCAUAUCUACUGCCGGGCUGACUUGCGAGCUGACGGCCUCCGUUAUCUGUACAAACAGCUACAAGACAAAUCAUCGUGGUUUUAUAUCCAAGGAAAUCCCGUCAGAUGUGUUGAGCACAUACCAAGGAGUCUGCCACCAUUUAAGAGACGGGUUUGUUUCCAAGUCAAGCUCGAAGAUGAGCUCAUCUCGAUGUCAAUUCGAGGAAUCACAAGCACUUCACAAUCUAUAAGCGGGUUUCCUACAACUGUUCAGCACCUGAUAAAAAUCGACCAUUCUCUGAAUGAGAAGCCGCUACCUGCAAUACCGAGGAAGCGGAGCAGGAGUAAUCAAGGAGGCCGAUGUAAUCCAAAGCGAACUUGCUCUAGCGUAUACAGCACGUAG